CCCACAACAUCGGACGAGACUGUGGUGGCCGGUGGUACAGUGGUGCUCAAGUGCCAGGUGGAGGAUCCUGAUGACUCCUCGCUGCAAUGGUCCAACCCUGCCCAGCAGACCCUCUACUUUGGGGAGAAACGAGCCCUGCGAGAUAACAGGAUCCAGCUGGAGAGGUCCACACCCAACGAGCUCACCAUCAGCAUCAGUGAUGUGGUGCUGUCAGAUGAGGGGGAAUACACCUGCUCCAUCUUCACAAUGCCGGUGCGGACUGCGAAGGCCCUGGUCACUGUGCUGGGAAUCCCCCAGAAACCCCAGAUCUUUGGCCAUGAGCAGCCCAUUGAUGAGGAGAAGAUAGCCCGGCUGACCUGCCGGUCCUCUGGCAGCAAGCCCGCAGCCCAGCUCCGGUGGAAGAAGGGCAACAAGGAGCUGAAGGACGAGGGUACUGAGGUGGUGGAGGACCCCAAUGGAAAGACCUUCACCGUGAGCAGUCGGGUGGAGUUCCGCGUCACUAAGGAGGACAACGAAGCCGAGGUGACCUGCACUGUGGACCACGAGUCCCUGCAGAACUCCGAGAGGUCGACCACGCAGAAGCUGCAGGUCCACUACAAGCCAACAGCGAAGAUUGAGCCGCAUCCCCAGUACCCACGCGAAGGCGAGAAGCUCCAGCUACAGUGUGAUGGGCAGGGCAACCCCAUCCCCCAGGAGUUCCUGUGGGAGAAGGAGGGCAGCGACGCACCCCUGCAGCUAAGUUCGGACAGCGUCCUCAUCUUCCCUUUCCUCAACAAGAGUGACAGCGGCACCUACGUCUGCACGGCCACCAGCUCCAUGGGCAGCGUCGUGGCCAAGUACAACCUCGAUGUCAGCGAUGCCAGCCCGGUGCCCUCGACCUCCAGCACGUACCAUGCAGUGAUCGGCGGGGUGGUUGCUGUCAUUGUCUUCCUCCUGCUCAGUCUUCUCAUCGUGUUGGGACACUACCUGAUCAGACACAAAGGUAUGUGCAUAAGACACGGGGAGACGGUCACAUCCAGACAUCGGCAAAUCCCAGCAGAGGUGAUGUGUACCUACCUGACCCACGAGGCCAAGGGGUCGGACGAUGCCCCAGACGCUGAUACGGCCAUCAUCAAUGCAGAGGGUGGCCAACCCAGCGGCGACGACAAGAAGGAGUAUUUCAUCUAGGGUCGUCACAGAGAGUGAGAAAUGGAGCCAACAGACCCCGAUGGAAACGGAAACCAGACCACAAACCCCACUCAACCCAACAGAUUUUCUCUCGCGCCCAGCACGGGCAGACAGACGGACAGAGGGAUGGCGGGACAAAGAGCAGAGAGCAACCGGCCUGAGACAUGAUGCUUCUUCUUGAACUUGUACAAAACGUUAUUACUAUGAACAGCGAAAGCCCCGGCCCCGUUUGCUUGCUUGCACCUCCAUCCCUGCGACCAGCGCUCGCGCAAAACACAGACCAACCAGUGAGUGAGCGACUUUCCUUCUUCCUUUGGACCUUUGCUUUGGUUUUGUGGCAGCUCUUUGCUUUGGGCCCUUGGUUGGGAUGUUGAGCUGGGGUCGAUGUAGCUCUUUCCUUUGUUUCUCUCCAUUUUGGUUUCUUUGACAUCCAAGGAUAAAAUCAGCUCCAGGCUCUGGCGCAAGCCCCCAGC